AGGAGAAAAAAGGACGGAGGAAGCCGGCAGCGGGGAGCGGUGUGGCCGGUCGCCGCCCGCGAGGCGGGCGACGCCUCGAGAUCUGCGCCCGCGCCUCGCGGGUCAGAACCAGCAAGUUUGAUUUCAUUUCUAAAUUCGUCGUCUUCGCCUUUCAAUUCCGUGGCAGCGGCGACAGCCUCCUCGUUCGCUUCCCCCCGAAAUCCCAAAUCGCACGCCCCCUACCGUAGCUAGACCCUUGCGCCUGAUUAAUCCCAUCCCCGCACGUUGACUCGCAUUUGCGUCCAGAUCCGACGACCUCCGCGCAAAAGCAAUUGCGCCAAACCCCGCGAUAAAUCGCCGCCCCGCCCCCCUUCCCACGCCACCCCCGCCGUUCUCUCCUGAAGCCACCGCGGUGCAGAAUCGGAGGAAGUCUCGUAAAGAAACUGCAACGCUUCAUGUGACUGAGCGGUUGGUUGCGCCGGCUCGCGAGGCUCCAGCAGCGAGUUCAGGGAACACUUCGUGUGCUUGCAACCACUUUUUGAUGCGUCCUUGAGGUGUUGGAGCUGUCACGUUGCGGUAGUUGAGAAGGAUCUGUCCUGAUUGCAGUUGCGAGGAAAACUUCCUGAGAUGUCUAAUCUCUCAGACCCCUCAGAAGAAGAUGCUUCACCGGAGGGUUCAAGUCCUAUCCAGAAAACUGCAACCUUGAGUAACACAUUGAACACGCUUCUUCAGCGAGCCUCGGUCUAUGGUGUGGCUGCUGGGUAUUGUCUCUCGGCGUCUCUGCUCUCCAUCAUCAACAAAUGGGCAAUUAUGAAAUUUCCAUAUCCUGGAGCCUUGACAGCUCUACAGUACUUCACUAGUGUUGCUGGAGUUCUACUGUGUGGACAGCUAAAGCUUAUUGAGCAUGAUGGCCUUAAUUUGAGGACUAUGUGGAAGUUCUUACCUGCAGCUGUGAUGUUCUAUAUCUCCAUCUUCACAAACAGUGAACUCCUGCUGCAUGCCAAUGUGGACACUUUCAUUGUGUUCCGCUCUGCUGUGCCAAUAUUUGUCGCCAUCGGAGAGACACUGUAUCUUCACCAGCCAUGGCCAUCAUUCAAGACAUGGCUUUCACUUUCCACUAUACUUGGUGGAAGUGUUAUAUAUGUUUUCACAGACAACCAAUUCACUGUGACUGCUUACACCUGGGCGGUGGCCUACUUAGCGAGCAUGUCCAUUGAUUUCGUGUACAUCAAGCAUGUCGUCAUGACCAUUGGGCUGAACACAUGGGGCCUUGUGCUUUACAACAACCUUGAGGCUUUGAUGUUGUUCCCCCUUGAGCUCCUUAUAAUGGGAGAGUUUGAUCAGAUGAAGGUUGACAGCUCGAAAGUGUCAAACUGGCUUUCUUUCGAUGUGGUCCUUCCUGUUGCUCUCUCAUGCCUGUUUGGUCUAUCAAUCUCCUUCUUCGGGUUCUCCUGCAGACGGGCGAUCUCUGCCACCGGGUUCACAGUUCUUGGCAUAGUGAACAAGCUCCUGACCGUUGUGAUAAAUCUGCUUAUCUGGGACAAGCAUGCCUCAUUUGUCGGUACCAUUGGGCUCUUGAUAUGUAUGUCAGGUGGCGUUCUCUACCAGCAAUCCACCACAAAACCGAAGGCGCCCAAGGUUGAGCCUAAGGAAGAGAAUGACGAGGAGCAGCAGAAGUUGCUGCAGAUGCAAGCAGUGCAUGAGGGCAAUCCAACUCAAAAGCAAAGCUCCUCAUAAAUCUGAUAAGGGAGUUCACCAUCGAUGCUUUACCUUCUCUGCAACAGCUUCCCUUGAACAUUUGUGCUUGGAUUAAUGCUUGGGAAGAAACUUUUGGCUGAAGGUUAUUCCUGGACUAUCUGCUGCAAGAUCUUGAAAUGCAUUCGACACCAGAAAUCACGGUGGAUACCAAAUUAUUGUUAUGGAAUUCUUUAUUAUUGUAUACCGUUUUCAUUUGUUAGACAAGAUGGUUGUGGUAUGGUACCAGGGACUUGUCGAACAUACUCACAUUGAAUACCUCGUAUACGAAAGCAAUUAUGCUAUGUGAUGCAUUUAAUUGGUAA